UCCGCCAGCAGUGCCCGCGCCCCCGCCUCCCGCAGCCGCAGCCGCUGCCGCUGCCUGGGGCAUUGGCCCCCAGACCCCCGCCCCUGAUCCACGCCCAGACCCUAGAGCCAGAGGACCAUGGCCGGCCAGGGGGACUGCUGCGUCAAGGUGGCCGUCAGGAUUCGGCCCCAGCUGUCAAAGGAGAAGAUUGAGGGCUGUCACAUCUGCACCUCUGUCACCCCGGGGGAGCCCCAGGUCCUUCUGGGGAAGGACAAGGCCUUCACCUAUGACUUUGUCUUCGACCUGGACACCUGGCAGGAACAGAUCUAUUCGACCUGUGUGAGCAAGCUCAUUGAGGGCUGUUUUGAGGGCUACAAUGCCACGGUGCUGGCCUACGGGCAGACAGGGGCCGGGAAGACAUACACUAUGGGCACCGGCUUCGACACGGCGACAUCGGAGGAGGAGCAAGGCAUCAUUCCAAGGGCCAUCGCACACCUCUUUGGGGGCAUUGCUGAGCGCAAGCGGCGGGCACAGGAGCAGGGCGUGGCUGGGCCUGAGUUCAAAGUCAGUGCUCAGUUCCUGGAGCUCUACAACGAGGAGAUCCUUGACCUGUUUGAUAGCACCCGUGACCCUGACGCCCGCCACCGCAGGUCUAACAUCAAGAUCCACGAAGAUGGGAAUGGUGGCAUCUACACCACGGGCGUCACGUCCCGUCUCAUCAGCUCCCAGGAGGAGCUGAUCCAGUGCCUGAAGCAGGGGGCCCUGUCCCGCACCACGGCCAGCACCCAGAUGAACGUGCAGAGCUCCCGCUCACACGCCAUCUUCACCAUCCACGUGUGCCAGAUGCGAGUGUGCACGCAGCCCGACCCAGUGAACGAGGCUGUGACUGGGCUUCCUGAGGGCACAGCUCCCACAAGUGAGUAUGAGACGCUCACCGCCAAGUUUCACUUUGUGGACCUGGCUGGCUCAGAGCGGCUGAAGCGGACGGGGGCCACCGGCGAGCGGGCCAAGGAGGGCAUCUCCAUCAACUGUGGCCUGCUGGCCUUGGGCAACGUGAUCAGCGCCUUGGGGGACCAGAGCAAGAAGGUGGUACACGUGCCCUACAGGGACUCCAAGCUCACUCGGCUCCUCCAGGACUCGCUGGGGGGCAACAGCCAGACCAUCAUGAUUGCCUGUGUGAGCCCAUCAGACCGGGACUUCAUGGAGACGCUCAACACACUCAAGUACGCCAAUCGGGCCCGCAACAUCAAGAACAAGGUGGUGGUGAACCAGGACAAGACGAGCCAGCAGAUCAGCGCCCUGCGGGCUGAGAUUGCACGCCUGCAGAUGGAGCUGAUGGAGUACAAGGCGGGCAAGAGGGUGAUCGGAGAGGAUGGUGCCGAGGGCUACAGCGACCUGUUCCGGGAGAAUGCCAUGCUGCAGAAGGAGAAUGGGGCAUUGCGUCUGCGGGUGAAGGCCAUGCAGGAAGCCAUCGAUGCCAUCAACAACCGCGUCACCCAUCUCAUGAGCCAGGAGGCCAAUCUGCUUCUGGCCAAGGCCGGUGAUGGCAAUGAAGCCAUCGGGGCUCUGAUCCAGAACUACAUCCGGGAGAUUGAGGAGCUGCGGACGAAGCUCCUGGAGAGCGAGGCCAUGAAUGAGUCCCUGCGCCGCAGCCUGUCUCGGGCCUCGGCUCGGAGCCCCUACUCCCUGGGUGCAUCUCCUGGGGCUCCGGCCUUUGGGGGCAGCCCAGCCAGCUCCAUGGAGGAUGCCUCGGAAGUGAUCCGCAGGGCCAAGCAGGACCUGGAGCGGCUCAAGAAGAAAGAGAUCAGGCAGCGGAGAAAGAGCCCAGAGAAGGAGGCCUUCAAAAAGAGGGCAAAACUCCAACAGGAAAACAGUGAGGAGACCGACGAGAAUGAGGCUGAGGAGGAGGAGGAAGAGCGAGACGAAAGUGGCUGUGAGGAGGAGGAGGGGCGUGAGGAUGAAGACGAGGACUCGGGUAGUGAGGAGAGCCUGGUGGACUCGGACUCAGACCCUGACGAGAAGGAGGUGAACUUCCAGGCAGACCUGGCUGACCUGACAUGUGAGAUCGAGAUCAAGCAGAAACUGAUUGACGAGCUGGAGAACAGCCAGCGGCGGCUGCAGACUCUCAAGCACCAGUAUGAGGAGAAGCUGAUUCUGCUGCAGAACAAGAUCCGAGACACGCAACUGGAGCGCGACCGUGUGCUGCAGAACCUCAGCACCAUGGAGUGCUACACGGAGGAGAAGGCCAACAAGAUCAAGGCGGACUAUGAGAAGAGGCUGCGGGAGAUGAACCGGGACUUGCAGAAGCUGCAGGCCGCACAGAAGGAGCAUGCGCGGUUGCUCAAAAACCAGUCCCGCUAUGAGAGGGAGCUGAAGAAGUUGCAGACCGAGGUGGCUGAGAUGAAGAAGGCCAAGGUGGCCCUGAUGAAGCAGAUGCGGGAAGAGCAGCAGCGGCGGCGGCUGGUGGAGACCAAGAGGAACCGGGAGAUUGCUCAGCUCAAGAAGGAACAGCGGCGACAGGAGUUCCAGAUCCGAGCUCUGGAGUCCCAGAAGCGGCAGCAGGAAAUGGUUCUGAGGAGGAAAACCCAGGAGGUUUCUGCACUGAGGCGCCUGGCCAAGCCCAUGUCUGAGCGGGUGGCGGGGCGUGCAGGACCAAAGCCCCCCAUGCUGGACUCGGGGGCCGAGGUGUCAGCCAGCACCACAUCGUCUGAGGCCGAGUCAGGGGCCCGCUCGGUCUCCAGCAUCGUGCGCCAGUGGAACCGCAAAAUCAACCACUUCUUGGGGGACCACCCUGCGCCUGCUGUCAAUGGUACCCGCCCUGCCAGAAAGAAGUUCCAGAAGAAGGGGGCCAGCCAGAGCUUCAGUAAGGCUGCAAGGCUCAAGUGGCAGUCCCUGGAGCGGAGGAUCAUUGACAUCGUCAUGCAGAGGAUGACCAUUGUCAACCUGGAGGCUGACAUGGAGCGGCUCAUCAAGAAAAGGGAGGAGCUGUUCCUCCUGCAGGAGGCGCUGCGGAGGAAGCGGGAGCGGCUACAGGCUGAGAGCCCAGAGGAGGAGAAGGGGCUGCAGGAGCUGGCGGAGGAGAUCGAGGUGCUGGCUGCCAACAUUGACUAUAUCAACGACAGCAUCACUGACUGCCAGGCCACCAUCGUGCAGCUGGAGGAAACCAAGGAGGAGCUGGACUCCACGGACACAUCGGUGGUUAUCAGCUCCUGCUCCCUGGCCGAAGCCCGUCUCUUGCUGGACAAUUUCCUCAAGGCGUCCAUUGACAAGGGACUACAAGUGGCACAGAAGGAAGCCCAGAUCCGGCUGCUAGAGGGACGACUGAGGCAGACAGACAUAGCGGGUUCCUCCCAGAACCACCUGCUCCUGGACGCACUGCGAGAGAAGGCUGAGACACACCCUGAGCUGCAGGCCCUCAUCUACAAUGUGCAGCAGGAGAAUGGCUAUGCCAGCACAGAUGAGGAGAUCUCAGAGUUCUCUGAGGGGAGCUUCUCCCAGUCAUUCACCAUGAAAGGUUCCACCAGCCAUGAUGAUUUCAAGUUCAAGGGUGAGCCCAAGCUGUCUGCCCAGAUGAAGGCUGUGUCGGCCGAGUGCCUGGGUCCCCCACUGGAUAUCUCCACCAAGAACAUCACCAAGUCCCUGGCCUCCCUUGUCGAGAUCAAAGAGGACGGAGUGGGCCUCUCCGUCCGAGACCCCUACUACCGGGACAAGGUGUCACGCACCAUCAGCCUGCCCACCAGAGGCAGUACUUUUCCCCGGCAGUCUCGAGGCACGGAGACAUCCCCACUGACCCGAAGGAAGUCGUAUGACCGAGGGCAGCCCGUUAGGUCCACAGAUGUGGGAUUCACGCCCCCCUCAUCCCCUCCUACUCGGCCCCGCAACGACCGCAAUGUCUUCUCUCGUCUCACCAGUAACCAGAGCCAAGGGUCAGCACUGGACAAGUCUGAUGACAGCGACUCCUCUUUGUCGGAGGUCCUGAGGGGCAUCAUCACCCCCGUUGGAGGAGCCAAGGGUGGAAGGACGGCCCCGCUGCAGUGCGUCUCCAUGGCCGAGGGCCACACCAAGCCCAUCCUCUGCCUGGACGCCACGGACGAGCUGCUGUUCACAGGGUCCAAAGACCGCAGCUGUAAGAUGUGGAACUUGGUCACAGGCCAGGAGAUUGCAGCACUGAAGGGCCACCCCAACAACGUGGUGUCUAUAAAGUACUGCAGCCAUUCUGGGCUUGUGUUCUCCGUGUCUACCUCCUACAUCAAGGUGUGGGACAUCCGGGACUCAGCCAAGUGCAUUCGGACCCUCACGUCCUCGGGCCAGGUGACCUCAGGUGACGCCUGUGCUGCCACAUCCACCCGCGCCAUCACCAGCGCUCAGGGGGAGCAUCAGAUCAACCAGAUUGCCCUCAGCCCUUCGGGCACCAUGCUGUACGCCGCCUCGGGCAAUGCCGUCCGCAUCUGGGAGCUCAGCAGGUUUCAGCCCGUCGGCAAGCUGACUGGCCACAUCGGCCCUGUGAUGUGUCUGACGGUCACCCAGACGGCCAGCCAGCACGACCUGGUGGUGACCGGCUCCAAGGACCACUACGUUAAGAUGUUCGAGUUGGGUGAGUGUGUGACCGGCACCAUCGGCCCCACCCACAACUUUGAGCCCCCGCACUACGACGGCAUCGAGUGUCUCGCCAUCCAGGGAGACAUCCUCUUCAGUGGCUCCCGGGAUAAUGGCAUCAAGAAAUGGGACCUAGAACAGCAGGAGCUCAUCCAGCAAAUCCCCAAUGCACACAAGGACUGGGUGUGUGCCCUGGCCUUUGUCCCUGGCCGCCCCAUGCUGCUGAGCGCCUGCCGCGCGGGCGUCAUCAAGGUCUGGAACGUGGAGAACUUCACGCCCAUCGGAGAGAUCAGGGGCCACGACAGCCCCAUCAACGCUAUCUGCACUAACGCCAAGCACAUCUUCACUGCCUCCAGUGACCUGACGGUGAAGUUCUGGAGUGUACGGCGGUUACCCGGUGGCCCACCCUAGGAGUACACAACAGUCCUCGCCUUGGCUAUCCUUCAGAGGAUGGCCCCCAGACCCUCGGCCCCCGGCAGCCUGGACAGCACAGAAGGGAAGCUGUGGCCUGACGGGGCCAACUGCCCUGGGGACAGAGGGUGUGGGCAUCGGGUGUUGCUCCUUUCCUGUUUUCCUUCCUCUCCCUUGACCUUCCUAUGGGAUACUGUCCCCUCAGUCCCUCCCCUGCCUCCUGGGGAGAGAGGGAGGUUGGGGGGGGAAUUUAAGCUGUGAAGCCAAAGGGCAUUUUCCCUCUCAUUUCUCUCCCUGCAGCCCCUGGGGCUCCCCUUGCCCUCCCUCUGGCCACAUUUUCUCCUGCUGAGCUGGCCAUGACCUUCCUCAAGCCGCUGGCCCAGUGGUGGGGCCCCAUCAGGGAGGCGAAUCAUCCCCAGCCCCUGCUGCGCCCCCUCCGAUGAACAGGCCUCCCCCUAUACCCCCUCAUGCAGCCUCUGGAGCCCCUGCACCUGCCUCUGAGCCCAAAAUGAUAGUCCUCAGGUAACCAUGGAAACCAGGUGGAGGCAGCUGGGCUCUGAGGCUGACCCUUAGCCCCUUGGUCACCAACAGCCAUUCCCAGUUGACCCCAGAAAUUCCUUGGGGUCCCUUUCUGAUGGGGCCAAGGUAGAGCUGCUAGAAAAAAUUUCUUUUGGGGAGAUGGGCAGAAACACUUCAGCUAUUUAAUUUAUUUUUUUUUUUUAUUUUUAUGUUUUGCUGUUGCCUCCUGGAAACUGACUUGAAGUCUCUCCCCACAUGUUCGUUCCCUCUGCUCUUGGGGGCCGGGACUCCCAAAGGGAAUCCGCCCUACCAGCUCUCCAGGACCACCUCCCCUGUUUGCUUUGCAGCUCGGGCCUGUCCCCAACAUUGCCCCCAGGGACCAUUCUAGCGCACCCCUGACCUCUAGGCCGCCUGAUGCUUCAGUGCCUUCCUCCACCCCGGGGCCUGGCACCCAUGCUGGGCAGCCUUACACCAGCCAUGCCCGCGGCACCACAUGUGUCUUUUCACUCGCGGGGUUUUAUGCCCGCUGUCCCCCAAAGGCUGGGGAGCUCCCCCCCACAGCCCAGGGCCAGGGGUCCCUUGUUCCCAAUGUCCCAUGUGGGCCACGUAGGAAGCAGCUCAGAGGAUUAUGUCUACCAGGAAGUGGCUUGGAUGGUGAGGAUGGCCCGGCCCCCUACCCAGCUCACCUGUGUUUUCACCCGGACUGGGCAGCAAGUCCUUCCAGUCUCUUUCUCUCUGGUUAUUCAAGAGACACAUUUUCAAGCCUUAAAGCUGGCAUGGGGCAAGAGGUCAUCCUCUUUAGAUUAGCAGCAAAGAGGGAGUUCAUUCGUUGUUUCUUUUUGCCUUGGGGCUGUGGACUCAAGGUUCCAAGCAUGUGGUUAAAUCUGUGUUCCAGCUCCCCCUGUCGGGGCAAUUCUGAAUUUACAGGAUCAGGCCUUGGGAGGAGUCGCAGGACAUCCGUCCAUCCCUGGGCUCCAACCCCCCACUGUUUUUCCAAUGCUUAACUGGUCUGUGCAUCCUGUCCGCAUUGAGGCGGGGCCAGGAGCCCCAACUCUGUUCUGAGAUAUGCAGUGACUUUUAGACUUUCUGGAGGUAGCUCUGUGUUUGUCCUCUGUGCCUCUCCCUAUUUGGUCAGGGGAUUGGAGCCCCCUCGGUGUGGUACCAAGCAUGGGAGGGUGCUGGCGCCCUGGGCCGAGGAGGCUGUCUUAGCUGUGAAAGGGAAAAACACCUGUGGGGGCCUGAGUCCCCAGCUCUGCCUCCACCCUGUUCAGAGCUGCCCCUGAGGCUAAGAAGGCUGUCCUGCUGUGAGUGGCCCCUGCUGGACACGGUGGUGGAGUCUGGGUCAGCUCAUGUGCAGGAAGCACAUACCCUUGAAUCCUGGCCUCCCUAAGGAGCCGGGGACAGUCUGUCUGUGAUGGCUGGAAAUCCUUCCUCCUCCUCUGGCCAUCACGGGGGGGGGGGGGGGGGGGGGGGCGUGCCCAGCAGCUCCCUCGGCCGCUUGGAAGUAAGCACCUCUCCUCCUCCCCAUCCUUCUCCCCACCUGAUGAGAAAGCUUCAACCUUGCAACCUGUAAGAAAGAAUCUGUCUGCAUGACUGUUUACAAACUGUAGAAACAGAAAAGACUGCGGUGCCCGCAUGGGCCAGGGAAGCCCCAGCCUGAGGCGACUGUACUGUAGCUGCAAGGCCUGUUCUUGCGCGAGAUGUGACCUUACGGCCUGCGAGAGGUGCUCAGUGUCGUUGCCCAUUUCCUGCUGUUUCUGAUGGCUCAGCUACCUCAUGGCGGGCUGGCUCUGCUGUCCUGGAGAGUAUCACUGGUUCUAAACUUGAAGUCCCUUGGGAGCCCUGAGCCCUUCCAAAGCUGUGCUCAGAGAGCGUUGGAGUCUCUGCUUGCUCCUUCAGGGAUAUCCAAGGUACAUAGUUAGGGGGCAGGCCCCCAACAUCCUAAAGGUUGGAAGCACAAAAUGGUUGUGAUUUGAGCACAAUAGUAAGGCUUGUGACAGGUGGCCUGGGCAGACCUGGGUCUGGGAGGCUCGUCCUAGCUUGGCUCUGUCUAGAGGUCGACUGAGUAUGUCUGUGUCUGGAGGGGCCUGCCCCCGCUCAGACCAGGGCUCGGCCCGUGGCUUGUCCUAACUCUGGGCUCAUCAUAUGACUUCUUACUUUUCUUUGCCCGUCUGCAGCCUUGAAUCGGGGCCACCGGUGGCCCAGCCACAUCAGAAUGUGUGGGCCCUGGAGUAGCUCCCUUACUCGACCCCACACCCUAGAUCUUUAAAUGCCUGAGCCCAGGCUGGGUCCCAGCCCUACUGAGCCUAAGGAGCCCAGAGCCACGGUGCCUGUCAUCUGGGCCGAGCCCCCUCGAAUGCUUUUGAAGCUGACCGCCCAUGGGCUGCUCCACACAGUCCCGCGCCAGGCUCUGUUCGCAGUAUUAACCAGCUCGGUGUUUGCUUUCAUCUGAGUGGCUGGUCCCUCCAGGACAGCCAGAGUUCCCCAAGGGAGCACCUGGAGCUGCCUUUGGAGAUUACCAAUAAAGAGGAAAGACACACCCAAGCCUUUGACGUGGCCGCGGCGCCACCGUUAGCCCCUUAGGAGGGGACGUUUGUGGAUCUGGGAGAGGUCCCCGCGCCCUCCCACCAUCACUGCGGCAUCAACCUUGGGCAACCCUUGGGUGUCUGGCCCUGCUGCCUGCCUGGGGCAGUGUCACUUGGGCAGAGGGCAGUUUCAAGCACAAAACCGCUGUAGGGAAGACUGUUGCUGGGACUUUCUCACGCCACCCAGCGCGGUGGAGACGUAGGCAGGCCGCUGCCGUGAAGUCAGAAGUGCCCUGCCCUCUUCCAUCAUGGAGACAAUGCCAACUCUUGGAGGCAGCCUCUGCCACGGUCUGUGCUGGGUGCAGGCACAGCCCCUGUCUUCUUCAGCCCCCGCCUGGGCCCGGUGUGUUCUCUAUCGUGUUUGUGUGGGCAGGGCCUGCCCUGGUGAGUUUCUUCCCGCCAAGUGACCCAAAUCUGUGGCAUCUAUUGGCUUGCCAUCCUAAACAGGAAACUGCUUAUGCUUUCCUAGCUUAGCGCAGCCUCCUGGCCCAGCCUCAGGAGCCAGGGCAUGGCCAGUGGCCCCACAGGCCUUCCUCUCCUGGCUCCCACAUCCUUCACUGCUCUCUUUGUGCAAGGACAAAAGCUACAAGGAAAGUUCUGUUUUCUACGGCAUCUUUGUUCUAUCUCCCACCCCCUACCCAUUCCCGGCACUCAGAUGAACCCCCAGCCCUUACCAUACCCCAGUCCGAUUUUUCGAACCCUUGUCCUGAGAGCUUUGCAGGGAAGUGGGAACUACUUCCAGAAGAGCCAAGGGUCAGAGAAGACCCCUGAAGUGAAUCAGGGCCCUGCCCUGCCCACCAGCUCUUUUCUAGUGCUCACCCCCUGCCCAGGCUGCAGGGCCUCAUUUGGCUUAGGCCCUCCUCGCUAUGUGGCUAGCACAAGAUGUAUAUGUUUUGUACCUUUGCCGAUGACUGUACAUAGUGUAUGAAAGUUAUUUAAGCCUCAUGCUGUACAUUUCCGUUCCCAGACUGGAUGUGUGUGUUCAGAGAAGUUGUCAUAAAUAAAACCCAAAUGACCGUUA